GCCGCAGCUCGCGCGCUCACUCACACACACAACCGAGCUCUCGCGCGCAGCCGGUCGGUCUCUCUGUCGCUGUGCGCUGUCCACGCGGUGGCGAGAGGAAACGGCAGGUGUCAGACUCGGUUCUGAUAACCCUUUUGCACAGCUUCCUCCUUAAACACGGCAAAAUCGAUUCGCUCGGAUGAUAUAGGGAGACGAGACGCGAGCGCGCGCUGACAAAUUUGCUUCAUUUUGCAGGAGGGAUUCGUAUUGCAAUUUCUGGUGGUGUGAACUCUACCCUGUCCCUUGUUCCUGACCCUGACCUUGUGACCCCAGGCUGCCAGGACACCGUGAUUGAGGAGGCCACCAUGAGUCAGGAGGGGCAGCAUGACCCCCUCCGCGCAUACACCCCACCUCCAGAUACACCCCCAACACCUGAGGGAGAGGAGGAGGCUGACAGCUCUAUGGCGAGAGAUUUGGAGCCCCGUAAUGGGACAAAGACAGAGGAGGAGCAGCAAGGUGAAGCAGAAGACGGAGAUACAGAGAAUAACAGAAACACACAGUCCAGCUCAAAGGAGGAUGAGAAGGUGACAUUAGAAGAGGAAGGUAGAAACGCUGAGAUUGAGGGCAGCUGCUUUAAACCUGUAACAGAAAACGGUAAUAGGGACAUCCUUGAAGGUGAAGACACACAGUCGCUGCCGCCUCAGAGCCCAGAAAAGGACAUAACCAAGCCCCUGUGCUCUCUAAGGUUUGAGAACGGGACCGAGGAUGACAGCGAAGGGCAGGAGGAUGAAGAGGAAGUCCUGGAAGAGCCUGCAGCACAGGGGAACCUAGACGCCUUCAGCUCCACGUUUGAGCUCUCCGUAGAAGAAGCAGAUGCUGAGGUAGAGGACGAGGAAGAGAGGGAGGACGGCGGGGAGGAAAGGGAGACUCGAAAUCAGGACAGUUUCAGCUCUACAUUUGAGAGCAUUGUCGAGCAGGUCGCCAAGAUCACAGCAGUAGAUGAGGAAGAGGACGACGGAGAGGAAGAGUACGACAGAACGAAAGAGAGCCAGGACGGCUUCAGCUCCACGUUCGAGCGCAUCGUUGAGUCGGAGCUUCUGAGAGGCGGGACUUGCUACAGCAGUUUGGAUUCACUGGACGUGCUGUCGCUCACCGACGAGACGGACAGCUGCGUCAGCUUCGAGGCGCCGCUCACCCCUCUCAUCCAGCAGAGGGCCCUAAUGGGCCCUGAACCUCCAGAGCUGGAGCUGGAGACCGUGCAGGAAGGGGCUGAGGGUGAGACUGAGCUGGAGACGUCAAGGGAUGAAGCCAGCUCUGCAAGUCCGCUACGGACCACUAUUCCAGGAAGCAGGUCGGAAAAUGUCUUGAGUCAGCCGGCACAAUGGAGCAUCCCUAAUGGAUUCCACAUUGAGCUGCCUGGGAAUGGAGAGAGUGGAGGAACGAUGCCAAACUCUAUCAGUGAUGCCAACCUCACAGAUGUGCUGUGUGACUCGGACUCUGAGUUGGGAAGCGUGGACACGUUGGAGAGAGGCAGCACGGAUACUCUGGCCAAUGGCUGCCGCGUCGACGCAGAUGCUGCCAAACGACUGGCUAAGCGGCUCUUCUACCUGGAGGGCUUUAAGCGCUGUGACGUGGCACGACACCUGGGCAAGAAUAAUGAGUUCAGCCAGUUGGUGGCAUCUGAGUACCUGAGCUUCUUCGAUUUUACGGGAUUGUCAUUAGACAGAGCGCUAAGGAACUUCCUAAAGGCAUUUCCUCUGAUGGGAGAGACGCAGGAGAGAGAACGAGUGCUGGUGCACUUCUCCAAACGCUUCUGUCACUGUAACCCAGAAGCUCUCACUUCAGAGGAUGGCGCUCACACACUGACCUGUGCACUUAUGCUUCUUAACACAGACCUGCAUGGACACAAUAUUGGGAAAAAGAUGUCUUGCCAGCAGUUCAUUAGCAAUCUGGACGGCCUCCAUGACGGCAAAGAUUUUCCCAAAGAAUUGCUAAAGGUGCUCUAUAACUCAAUAAAGAACGAGAAGCUGGAGUGGGCGAUCGAGGAAGAGGAGUUGAGGAAGAGUCUGUCAGAGCUGGUGGAGGAGCAGUGUGAGGCGGGAGGGAAAAGGGUUGUCAGGGUAACGGACGGCAGUAACCCUUUCAUCGCCAUUCCCCUUUUACUCAAUGCUGCAACGUACAAACACGGCAUCCUGACACGCAAAAGCCACGCAGACAUGGACGGCAAACGCACCCCGAGAGGACGCAGAGGCUGGAAGAAGUUUUAUGCCGUGCUGAAGGGGAUGAUUCUCUACCUGCAGAAAGAUGAGUAUAAGCCUGAUAAAGAUCUGUCAGAGGUGGAUCUGAAGAAUGCAGUACGGGUUCACCACGCUCUCGCUACAAGGGCCUGUGACUACAGCAAAAGACAGAACGUCCUCAAACUCAAGACUUCAGACUGGAGGGUCUUCCUCCUGCAGGCUCCGAGUGAAGAGGAGAUGAUGUCAUGGAUUUUCAGGAUUAAUCUGGUCGCUGCUCUUUUCUCGGCUCCUGCUUUUCCCGCCGCCAUCGGCUCCAUGAAAAAAUUCUGCAGACCAUUGCUGCCUUCGUCUACAACAAGACUCAACCAGGAGGAGCAACUGAAGUCCCAUGAGAACAAACUGAAGCAGAUUUCACUGGAGUUGGAGGAACACAAGAAGAGCCCACCAGAUCUGACGCCCAAGAGCAAAGAAUCAGAAGAGUAUCGAAUCAAAGAACACUAUUUAACCUAUGAGAAAUGUCGCUAUGAGACAUACGUCAGCCUCCUGCAGGCUAAGUUUCACGCAGGAAGUGAUGAUUUGGAUAAGAUUGAAGCCAGUCUAUUCAGCGGGGAGGGGAAAGAAGGUUACCUGCGCAAAACUCAGUCCAGCCCGUCAAUCAGCCAAGGUCAGGGGGUCAACGGACGGGCCGGUCAUAAACACGGCCCAGAGCACAAUAGCUGAAGAGCCUUCUUUGACCUCUGAACUCGUGUGACACGCUCACGUCUGAGCCUGACUGCAGUGGGUUCGGAUACGUGAGAAAGAAUCGAGAGAAAUACAAACGUAGCAUUAUAAUGUCCUUAUUAUUUCAAUGUACAGUAAAUUUAUUAUGACCAUUAUAUGUAUUAUUAGUAUUAUUACUACAACAAUAAACAUUGUUAAUAAUGCUAUGAACAUUACGUGCCAAAAAUGAAAAAUGAGGAGACCAAGACUGUAUAAGUGGGAGGAAAUGACAACACUGCAUAUAAAGUCAAGAGAAAGUGAACUGCGGCAUCACGAAUGUGUUGCAGAGGAAGCACUGUGACAUGCAGCCACGUUGUGAUGUCGUUUAGAAUUAUACUGUGACUCACUAAGAGAUUCAUUUAGAUUCUGUUAAAGGCACAGUUCAGCCAAAAAUACAAUUAGAUUUUCAUGUCACCUCAAAUCUGUACGACUUUCUUGAGGAACAUGGAAGAACAUUUUGAAGGACACUGAGGCCUAAACAACAACAAACCCCAUUUAGUUCCAUAGUAGGAAAAAAAACAAUGGUUGAGACAUUUUAAAUAUCAAAAAACAUUGACAUUACUUAAAAUAUAUUAUUUUGUAUUAAGGAAAAUUAGGAAAAUAAGGUAAUGGAAAGCCAUAUAGGUUCGCAGUGACUUGAAAACAACAUUUUUGGCCGAACUGUUUCUUUAAGAAGUGUCAUGAAGGCAAAAGACAUUGCAUAACUUUGACAACACAAAACUACGAUGUGAUGUUUUGGGAUAUUUGGUGAAAUGUAUUGUUCAUUAAAGCAAUAAGCCCCGAGGAGCUGUGGUUUCAGGGGGCUUAUUGCUUUUACAAAAAGGUCAUUCCAUACACGUAGUAAAGUUUCACGAAAUAAAACAAAUAAGAGCAAAUAAAGUGUAAUGAUAGUAAUAAAAACAUUAUUAUUCCGCCAAACAAUGUAGUUCCUCAGAAACGGUUAUGGUUUUUAAUAAAGUGGUUGCCGAGCGACACACAUAUGUAAACAAAGGUGUAAUUUUCAGAAGCUUCGAACUUUUCUCAACCAAUCAGAAUCAAGGAGAAGACAAAGUAUUUUGUCAAAAUGUGAUUCUUACAUGUUUUGUUCAAUUUAACAAACGUUUUUGAAUUUUGAAACCUAAUUACAGUCACUUAAAGUAAAAAGCUAAACAGUCUAUGAUCAAAUUACACCACGGUCUCUUGACUUUAGCUUCUUCACAAUUAACCUUAUAGCAACAACAAAAAAACAUUUUCCCUGAAGGUCUGAGUUAGAAUAGUCUGCUAGAGCGCAAUAAUAAACACAAAAAUUGAUUACUCACCCUCAUGUUGCUCCAAACAUGUAAGACCAAACAAUAUAUAUUUUUGAUGAUCUUUCUGACCCUACAUAGACAUGAAUGUAACUACCACGUUCGUUCAAGGCCCACAAAGUUAGUACGAACAUUGCUAAAAUAGUUCAACCGUAACAUUAUGAAGCUACAAGAAUGCUUUUUGUGCAUGAAGACACAAAAGUAACUUUAUUCAAUAAUUUAUUCUCUUUUUUUGCCGGAGACGCACAUUCACAAGAAUACCACGACGCAUGCGUGUGCUGAAUUGUCGAAAGUCCUUUUGUGUUUGUUAUUUUUGUCACAUUUGCAAUUCUGUUGUGGGCACAUUUCACCUUUAAAUAAAUCAUGACAUCACUUAGCAGCAUUUGCCAUUCUUUAUGACAUCACAGCGUGUGUCUAUCCCAAGGCUAUGUGCGGUAAUGGCUUCCUGAUUGACAGGACUGGUUUAGAUGUAGCAGUUGAUGUAAUUUUGAGACGCUCACAGUAUCGGGCCUCGUGAAGUAGCCAGUUUAAGGGCUUCGCCGCACGUUGGGGUGCAUGUAAAGAUUCAUGUGGGCUGUCUGUAGUGUUAUACAACUACCCCCCUUGUAAUUAUUUAUUAUGUUAUAUUUAUUAAUUGUAAAUUUGUUUUUUUCCCUUUGGAGCCAAUAUAGCGAGAAGAUGACUACAUUCGACCCUCGAUUAGUUUAACCCGCACCGUUGUUGUUGUUUUUUUUUUUUAUCUCUCUUAACUGAAGAGCUGACGGCUGAUUAAUGGAUCCAGGGAUAUGUCGGAUGUUGGGAAAUACAGUGUCUUAACACGGGACAGGGUAUGGGACGUUGUAAUGUAUGCGCACAAGCGAGGAAGGAAGGCUGCAAGUUGAGUCUGAGUAUGCAAAACAGUAACGAAGAGGAAAAACAUUUCAGACUGAAAGCGACGCCCUCAUUUUCUCUAUUCAUUGGACCACAAAGCCUCUAUGUGUCUCUAUGUGCCUGCAGAAAAUUCAACCUGGACUGAAUAUUGAGCAGCAGGACUGCAAACAACACACCAUGAACCUCCCUGCCUCUUCAUCUGAAUCGCUGUGGCGAAUCGAAACGUCUCAAUUCUGGAAAACGUGUCACUUUUGAGGAAGAUAAUUGUUCUCGAGCCACCAAAUAGGACUCUGAAACUUAACGGUACAAACUUUGAGCAAGUGCAAGUAGAUUUUUAUAGUCCUGUUGUAAAGCAUGAGGACAUUGAAAGUGAGAGAUUGAGCUUUUGGCUCUUUUAUGCUUUAUGGAUGUGGAAUGACGUAAGAGCUGCAAUUUUAUACAUUCUUAGUAAUGGCUUUCUUAAAGGGACCUCUAUAGCCUACUUUUCGCUUUGGCUGUUGUGCUAACAUGAUUUUCCCGUUUAGGGUAGAACUCAGACGCUGUUGUAAUAAAAGAUUGUGAUGAUUAUUUCACCAUC